AUGUUAGUCCACACAUAUUCGGCUAUGGACCGGGCGGACGGACUGACCGGCUCCUCGCCCAGCGGGCGACUGUCCCAACUCUCCUCGUUGAACCAGGCAGCUUACUCCUCGGCUCCCCCGCUCUGCCACACACCGGCCUCAGACUUCCAACCUCCGUACUUCCCCCCUCCAUACCCACAGUCUUCGCUCUCAUACUCACAGAGCCAGGACUCUGCAUACUCUCACUUAUCGGACCCCUACACCUCCAUCAACUCCAUCCAUCAGCAUCAGCAAGCGGCAUGGCACUCGCAGAGGUCGCGGUCGGACGAGGGGGGGCUAUUGUCACAGUCACACCGGGCUUUAAGCCUCGACCACCGUCGGGAGUACCCCGGUGUACCCCGGCUUCUCCACGGACUUGGGGAGGGUGCCGCAGCGCUAGGGGACGGGCCUCUUGGAAUGCACAUUGGACAUCACGGACUGGAGGACAUGCAGGGAAUGGAGGAGGGAUCAGCCUUGGGCAUCCUGGACCACUCCGUCAUUAAGAAAGUUCCCAUCCCCUCCAAGCUGAACGGCUCAGCCCUGUCGGCCCUCCACCUCAGUAAGGAUGGUCUAGGGAUGGGUUCCGUGUCCAACCCAGGGGAGGUGUUCUGCUCCGUCCCCGGCCGUCUCUCCCUCCUCAGCUCCACCUCCAAGUACAAGGUCACCGUGGGGGAGGUGCAGCGACGGCUGGCCCCGCCCGAGUGCCUCAAUGCUUCCCUGUUGGGCGGAGUCCUGCGCAGGGCAAAGUCAAAGAAUGGUGGGCGCUGUCUGAGAGAGCGUCUGGAGAAGAUUGGGCUCAAUCUCCCCGCUGGGCGACGCAAGGCAGCCAACGUCACCCUCCUGACGGCUCUAGUGGAGGGUGAGGCGGUCCACCUGGCCCGUGACUUUGGGUACGUGUGUGAGACGGAGUUCCCUGCCAGAGCGACAGCAGAGUAUUUGUGUAGGCAGAGUGAUCCUGAGCAGCUUCCCACACGACGCAGUAUGCUGCUGGCCACCAAGGAGAUCUGCAAGGAGUUUGUAGACCUGUUGUCCCAAGACCGCUCUCCUCUGGGGGCGAGUCGUCCCAACCCCUGUCUGGAGCACGGGGUCCAGAGCAACCUCACCCACUUUAGCCUGCUCACCCACGGCUUCGGUACCCCCGCUAUCUGCGCCGCCCUCUCCGCCUUCCAGAGCUACCUGGUGGAGGCCAUCAAAAUGCUGGACAAGGACCACGGGGGUGGCAAGGGCCACCACGAGAAGGAGAUGAAGCACCGCAAAUAG